AUGAAGAAUUACGCUAAAACCACUCCACUUUUUCAACUAGGAAUCCGACAGUUCGUAGUCAGUUCAUCAACUAGUGACAAAAAGCAGCACUUGCGUCUGACCAGUGCAAAGUUUACUCAGGCCUGCCCCGUAAAUGUUAUGUUUGCCCCUGCCCAAGCAUCGUUCAAUCUCGCUUUUUAA